AGAUAUGAAAGUUCUCUCGCUGCAUUUCAAGGCACUUGACUAUGGUGGAUUGUCCGGUGAAAAGAAAGCCUUCUCCUUCCUCUAUUCUAUUUAUAAACUAUUUAUAGUUUUUCUCCUCUUCUGGUAUACAUUGUCCCAUCUUAUUCGUUACGUAACAAGUGGCAAUACCGACGAAGAGGCAAAAAAUGGUCUUUUCAUCUCUGCCCCGUACAUUGCGAUUUGUAUGAAAAUUCUCAAUUAUGUUGUAUGUGCAAAAGAAGUCAUAAAUUUGAGGGAGAAGUUCAAUGAGAAAAUUGGUCAACCAGUGUCGGAGGGGGAGUGUAAUAUUUUUCAAGCGUACAAUCAGGAGAGUAAUUUGUUAUUUUGGAGAAUUUUGAUUUUUACCAUGAUGUGUGGUACUUCGGUGCUAAUAGCGCCUGUUAUGAAUAAAUCGUUGAGAGAUUAUGAAUUGCCUUUGGUGACCUAUCAGCCUUAUCCGAUUUCGAAUUGGGCUUUUUAUUAUUUUACCUAUGGAUGGCAGGUGGUGGGAUCUUAUUAUGGAAUAUUGAUUCAAGUUACUUCUGACACUAUGAUGUAUGGAUUUAUUUCUUUGAUUUGUGCUGAAUAUGAUAUCCUUUGUGCGAGAUUGAUGGAAAUCGGUAAAGAGAAUGAGAUUGUUUUAAUAAAAAGUCUUAUUGAUCAUCAUGUUUUCAUUCAAAAUUUGACGCACAAGACUAAUUCGUUUUUCAUGAGGACUGUGGCGUUGGUUUUUUGCUGUAGCUUGCUCACGCUUAGCGGUUCAAUUUUUAACGCUAUUCAGUUUAGUAUAAUUAGCAUCGAUUUUCUGUCAAUGAUUGCUUAUUGCUCGUGUAUGCUGCUGCAAAUUUUUCUGUACACACUUUAUGGAAAUAAGUUGAUAGAAAAGAGUCAGUCGGUAGCAGAUGCUGUGUAUAAAAGCAAUUGGUUAAAUGUGGAUUCUGCCCAAAGAAGAGAAUUGAAAUUCAUCAUGCAAAUUUGCUCUAAAGGAACUGUUAUGUCUUAUAAGGGACAGUGCAUUUUAAAUCUAAAUACUUUUGUUUGGAUUUUAAAAGCAUCAUAUACGGCAUUGAAUUUAUUAAGGAGUGGAGCAAAUGCAUAAAAAUGUGCUUAUUAAUUAACUACUAGUGAGAAUUUCGUCGUCUAUCAUUUACCGCAGUAUUUGUCGUCUUU